AAAACCACCGAAGAAAAAGACGUCGACGACGAAGAAGAAGAAACCCGGAAGCUGACAAACAGCGACAAAUGAAAGUCACUCAUUAUUCUCGCCCUUAUCGUCACUUUUCUUGGUUUCCUUGGCUUUUAAAUUGCUCAUUGCUGUAUUUGGACUUUUAUAAAAAGGCAUCAAAUCCGUGCCGAGCUCGCGAAUGAAUGAACACGUUUUGUUAGUCAAAAUUACCGCUUGAGAUAAGCACGAUGGAUCACGCGCAGCAACUGAGAAACCUGCGUGAUUUCCUUCUGGUUUACAACCGCAUGACUGAGAUCUGCUUCCAAAAGUGCACCAGUAACUUCAACUACAGGAACCUCACCAUGGACGAGGAGCGCUGCGUCGACAACUGCGCGGGGAAGCUGAUCCGCUCCAACCACCGCAUGAUGGGCACCUACGUGCAGCUGAUGCCCCGCAUGAUGCAGCGGCGGAUGAACGAGAUCGAGAGCAAGGCCACCGAGAACGCCAAGGCGGCCGAAACCGCCGCCGUCGCCUCAGCCGGACCCGAAACCACUGCUGCCGCGACCCCUCUGGAGUUGCGGUCCCCGUCGUUGCAGCCGGACACCGGCGGCGUCGAUAUUUCGCAAGCUGAGACGUGAACGCUCCACGGCGCAGGGUGUCGAGCUCUCUCAUCGAGAAGAUGUGCCUUCUAAGAACGGCCGAACUUUAUUUAGGGUUGAUCGGGACCACUUUAAAUGGUGGCAGGUGUCUCCCGAGUCACAUUGUGAGUUAUUCGAGGAUGUGCGCAAUUGUGGAACCACAUUAUCUCUGUUUAUUUUUACUUUUCGUCUCUGGAAUAUUUGUUCCCCCUCGUUGUACAGGUUUUGAAAUUAUCUCAUUUUUAUCAAAUAAAAAUGUGGCAUUUUAUAUCAAUCUUA